CUACACCGCCUGUCACUGCUGCUUCUGGUUUCGCUCGGGACCCUGGCCAACAAGCUGAACGUGCCGCAGGUGUUGCUGCCCUACGGCCGGGAGCCGGGCCGGGUGCCCUUCCUGCUGGAGGCACAGCGGGGCUGCUACACUUGGCACUCCACCCAUCAUGAUGCGGUAACUGUGGAGCCUUUGUAUGAAAAUGGCACCUCAUGUUCGCGGAAAGCUCUGCUCAUUGCUGAAUCUACCCAACCUGUACGCCUCAGCAGUAUUAUUCUUGCUCGAGAGAUAAUGACCGACCAUGAACUGCGCUGUGAUGUUAGGGUCGACGUGAUCAACAGCAUCGAGAUUGUGUCUCGGACGCGGGAACUCUACGUAGAUGAUGCGCCCCUGGAACUGAUGGUGAGGGCGCUGGAUGCCGAAGGAAAUACUUUCAGCAGUUUGGCGGGGAUGAUGUUUGAGUGGAGCGUCGCCCAGGAUAACGAAUCAUUAAGAGAAGAACUGUCUGGCAAAAUCAGGAUUCUAAAAUACUCUGAAGCAGAAUAUUCUCCUCCAGCGUAUAUAACCGAGAUGGAAAAAGACGAGAAACAGGGAGAUAUAAUUUUGGUGUCUGGGAUUAGAACUGGUGCCGCUAUUGUAAAAAUUCGGAUUUAUGAACCAUUCUAUAAGAAAGUGGCAGCAGCAUUGAUACGUCUGCUCGUUUUGGAGAAUAUAUUUCUUAUACCAUCCCAUGAUAUUUAUCUCUUAGUAGGAGCCUAUAUUAAAUACCGAGUUGCAAAAAUGGUUCAGGGAAGGGUGACAGAGGUGGCGUUUCCCCUGGAACAUUAUACACUGGAGUUGCAAGACCACAGAGUUGCAUAUAAUGAGUCUCCUUCUGGGCAAGUGGCCGUACUGAAUGAGGAAACAGCGAUGGUGACUGCCGUCCAGCUGGGCCAAACGAAUCUUAUCUUUGUCCAUAAAAAUGUCCACAUGAGAUCCGUGUCUGGAUUCCCAAAUUGCACCAUAUAUGUUGUAGAGCCUGGAUUUUUAGGCCUCACGGUCCAGCCUGGAGACCGGUGGAGCCUGGAGGCGGGGCAGACGUACGUCAUCACGGUGGGGGUGUUCGAUAAAAGCAGCGCGAAGGUCUACAUUUCAGAUAAUCUCAGGAUUAAGUACCAGUUCUCAAGGGAGUACUUCGAAGAGCAGCUGUCGACUGUGAACUGCUCUUACCACGUAGCGAAAGCCCUCAGAGCCGGCGUCACGAGCAUAAACGCCUCCCUGAUGUCCGUCAGGCCCCAGAAUAAAAAUAUUCAGCCUAUGAAAGUUCCAAUCGUGCACCAGCAAGAAGUGAGGAUUUAUUUCCCCAUCAAGCUCACACCCAGCUUCCUGGCAUUUCCUCAUCAUCCCACGGGAAUGCUAUAUCGUUAUAAAGUACAGGUGGAGGGUGGCAGUGGCAACUUCACCUGGACCUCUUCGAAUGAGUCAGUAGCCGUGGUAACCACUAAAGGAGUGGUGGCCGCAGGUCGGGUCAGGGGCCGCAGUGCCGUGCUAGCCCGAGACGUACAGAAUCCCUUUCGAUAUGGAGAGACUCAGAUACAUGUCCUGAAACUGAACAAAAUGGAACUGCUACCAUUUCACGCCGACGCGGAGAUUGGCCAGCUGAUAGAAGUCCCCAUCGCAAUGUACCACGUCGAUAAGGAGACCAAAGAGGCUGUUGCGUUCACAGACUGCUCUCAUUUGCCCUUGGACCUUAACAUGGAUAAGCAAGGAGUCUUCGCUCUUCUCAAGGAAGGUGUUCAAAGAUGUGGCCCAAAGCACUGCUCCAGCACACACAUAGUGGCCAAAUCUGUAGGCCACACCCUGGUGACAGUGAGCGUGUCUGAGUACGAAGAAUACUUGGGGAGCAGCGCCACGUUCGCUGCUUAUGGACCCCUAAAGGCUCUAAACCCCGUGGAAGUGGCACUGGUGACUUGGCAUUCGGUCAAGGAGAUGGUGUUCGAGGGGGGCCCUCAUCCGUGGGUCUUGGAGCCGUCCCGAUUCUUCCUGGAGUUGAGCAUGGAGAAGGCAGAGACCAUCCGAAUAACACAAGUCCGGCUGCCAGCUAAGAGAAAGCAGAACCAGUACAUCUACCGGGUCCUGUGCCUGGAUUUAGGGGAGCAAGUGCUGACAUUCCGAAUCGGGAACCACCCAGGGGUCCUGAACCCCAGCCCCGCUGUCGAGGUCGUGCAGGUGCGCUUCCUAUGUGCCCACCCUGCCAGCCUGUCGCUAACUCCAGUGUACAAGGUGCCAGCUGGUGCCCAGCCGUGUCCUCUGCCACAGCAUAACAAACAACUGAUUCCUGUAUCAAGCCUAAGGGACACGGUCCUGGAACUGGCGGUGUUUGAUGAACACAGGAGGAAGUUUGAUAAUUUCAGCUCACUAAUGCUAGAAUGGAAGUCGUCAAACAAAACACUAGCUCAUUUUGAAAAUUAUAAUUCAGUGGAGAUGGUAGCAAAGGAUGACGGCAGUGGGCAGACCCGGUUACACGGUCAUCAGAUCGUUAAAGUCCAUCGGCUAAAAGGGACCGUACUCAUCGGGGUCAGUUUUGUGGGCUAUUCAGAAAGGAAAAGUCCAAAGGAGCUUUCCAACUCGCCCAGGUCGGCCUCAGUGGAGCUGCUGCUGGUGGACGAUGUGACCGUGGUGCCUGAGAAUGCCACCGUGUACAACCACCCGGAUGUGAAGGAAAUAUUUAGCCUCGUGGAAGGGUCUGGUUAUUUCUUAGUCAACAGCAGUGAGCAGGACAUUGCCACCAUCACUUACAUGGAAGCUGAGAGCUCGAUCCAGUUGGUUCCCAUACAUCCUGGACUUCUCACCUUGGAGGUCUAUGACCUGUGCUUGGCUUUCCUGGGUCCAGCGGUGGCCCACCUCCGGGUGUCAGACAUACAAGAGCUGGAGCUCGAUCUGAUGGACAAGGUCGAAAUAGGUAAAACUGUGUUAGUAACCGUGAGGGUUCUUGGCUCUUCCAAACGCCCGUUCCGAAACAAAUACUUCAGAAACAUGGACCUCCAGCUGCAGCUGGCUUCUGCCAUCGUCACCCUGACGCUAAUGGAGGAACAGGACGAGUACUCUGAAAAUUACAUCCUUCGAGCUGUCACUAUUGGGCAAACCACACUUGUGGCUAUUGCCAGGGACAAGAUGGGGAGAAAAUUCACAUCAGCUCCUCGGCAAAUUGAAGUGUUUCCUCCAUUCAAACUUGUUCCAGAGAAAAUGACGCUGAUUCCGACUAACAUGAUGCAGGUAAUGUCUGAAGGUGGCCCCCAGCCCCAAUCGAUCAUUCACUUCUCCGUCAGUAAUGAGACUGUGGCUGUCGUUAAUAGGAGGGGACAAGUUACAGGGAAGGUGGUUGGCACGGCUGUGCUCCAGGGCACCAUCCAGACAGUGAAUGAGGACACCGGCAAAGUCACUGUGUUUUCCCAGGAUGAAGUUCACGUUGAAGUUGUUCAGCUCCGGGCGGUUAGGAUCCUCGCGGCUGCGACUCGGCUAGUCACGGCCACUGAGAUGCCAGUUUAUGUCAUGGGCGUGACCAGUACCCAGACGCCUUUCUCCUUUAGCAACGCCGACCCUGGGCUCACGUUCCACUGGUCCAUGAGCAAAAGGGACGUGCUGGACCUCGUGCCCAGGCACUCGGAGGUUUUUCUACAGCUCCCGGUUGAGAAGAACUUCGCCAUGGUCGCCCACACGAAAGCAGCUGGUCGGACCAGCAUCAAGGUCGCCGUCCGCUGCACGAACAGUUCCACCGGGCAGUUUGAGGGGGAUUCGUUGGAACUGUCUGAUGAAGUCCAGAUCCUAGUGUUCGAAAAACUCCAGCUUUUCCAUCCAGAGUGCCAACCUGAGCAAAUUCUAAUGCCCAUGAAUUCUCAACUCAGACUUCAUACCAACAGGGAAGGGGCCGCCUUCGUGAGUUCCCGUGUUCUCAAGUGUUUCCCCAACUCGUCUGUCAUUGAGGAGGACGGUGAAGGGCUCCUGAAAGCUGGCUCCAUCGCAGGUACCGCUGUGUUGGAAGUCACCUCUAUAGAACCUUUUGGAGUCAACCAAACAACCAUCACCGGGGUUCAGGUGGCACCAGUGACAUACCUGCGAAUGAGCAGCCAACCCAAGCUAUACACGGCCCAAGGGAGGACCCUAUCAGCCUUCCCCCUGGGCAUGUCUCUCACCUUCGUUGUUCAGUUUUAUAAUAGUGUCGGAGAGAAAUUCCACACGCACAACACCCAGCUUCAUCUGGCUCUGAACAGAGAUGACCUGCUGCUUAUUGGGCCAGGAAAUAGGAACUACACUUACAUGGCUCAAGCCGUGAACAGAGGGGUGACGCUCGUGGGGCUCUGGGACCGGAGGCAUCCGGGCAUGGCAGAUUACAUUCCUGUUGCUGUCGAGCACGCCAUUGAGCCAGACACUGGGCUUACGUUCGUCGGAGACGUCAUCUGCUUCAGCACUCACCUUCUCAACCAGGAUGGUGAGCCCGGGGUGUGGAUGGUUUCCACGGACAGUAUUCUGCAGACAGACGUUGUCACGGGGGUAGGAGUGGCCCGGAGUCCCGGAAUAGCAACAGUCUUUCAUGACAUCCCAGGAGUAGUGAAGACGUAUCGAGAGGUGGUUGUCAAUGCAUCAUCAAGACUAACACUCAGUUAUGACCUGAGGACUUACCUCACCAACACCCCCAACUCAACCGCGUUCAAGCUCUUCAUCACCACGGGCAGAAACGGUGUCAGUCUGAAAGGAUCUUGCACCCCGAGCCAGGCCAAGGCCAUCACAGCGGUCCUCCUUCCAGAGACCCUCGUGCUGUGCCACGUGCAGUUCAGCAACACCCUGCUGGACAUCCCAGCAAGCAAAGUCUUCUAUGUGCGUGCGGAUUUUAACGUGGAGAAAGGGGUUUACGUCUGCCUGAUCAGGGUUCGACUCCAGCCAGAGGAGCUGCUGCAGGCCCUCAGCACGGCUGACACCUCCGUGUACGGCUGGGCCACCCUCGUCAGCGAGCGCACCAGGAACGGCAUGCAAAGAAUCCUCAUCCCUUUCGUCCCAGCCUUUUACAUCAACCAGUCAGAGCUGGUGCUUAGCCACAAACAGGACCUCGGGGAGAUAAGAGUGCUGGGAGUGGACAGGGUUCUUGAGAAGCUGGAGGUUGUCCCCAGCUCCCCUGUCCUCGUGGUCUCCAGCCACAGGCACGCCCCCCUCACGUCGGGCAUCGCCGUCUACCCCGUGAGAGUGGUCAACUUCACCUCCCUCCGGCAGAGCGCGUCACCCGUUUUCAUCAACGUCUCCUGUGUGCUCACGGGUCAGAGUGAAGCCGUGCUGGUGAGAGGCGUGAGGGACCCUGGGGCAGAUCAGUGUGAAGAUUCAGGUGUCCUCCAGAAGUUCGUGGGUUCUUACCAGAUCCUCCUCUACACCCUCUUUGCAGCGUUGGCAUCAACAGCUUUCCUCUUUCUAGCAUACAAUGCCUUCCUGAACGCGUUACAGACAGUUCCAGUGGUUUACGUACCAACCCUAGGAACACCACAGCCAGGUGCUUACGCUCCCGCCACGCUCCCUCCGUUCGUGAGUCCGCAACCCCCAGCAGUCCAGAGUCGGCUACAACACUGGCUGUGGAGUAUAAGGCACUAA